GCGAUCUCGUCUCGACUCAUCUCAUUUUUUUCUCAUUUCGCCCCCUCCACUGUUUCAAUAAUAAUAAAAGGAUUCUCGAUUCGAUUUCCUCGCCAAUUUUUCCGGUGAGCGGCGGCGAUCGGCUUCGGAUCGGCGCAGCGGAGAUGGUUGCCGUGGCGGCGGAGGUCGCGAUCCGCGGUGCGGACGCCGUGCCGGCGGCGGAGAGGGAAGCGGUGAGGGCGGCGGCUGCGGAGGCGGCGGCGAAGGGCGGUGAGGGGGAAUCGGGGAAGGAGGAGGUGAGGUACUAUGCGAGCGACAUUAGGAAGCUGGAGGAGCUGUUUUCGAAGCUGAACCCCUCGGCGGAGGAGUUCGUGCCGCCGUCGCGCCGCCGCGUGGACGGCGGCGCUCGUCGCCUCUCGGCCGACGCGCCCGUGUUCGUGUCGCCGGCGAUCGACUACUACGCGCGCCACCACCAGCUCCCGCCGCCGCCGCUGCAGCAGCAGCAGCCGAUGCACGUGCUUCAGUUUGUGGGUGGCGUCGGCGGGGGUGGCAUGGGUGGCGGCGGGGGGAGGGACUCAAGCAGCGAUGGAUCCGUCAAUGGUCAGCCGAAUCGACGGAGAAGGAAUGGUUUCAUCCAGGGGAGGAGAAGGAUGAUGGGUGGCCGGCCUCGUCGAUCUGACAGGGAGGAUAGUGUGCGGCGGACAGUCUAUGUCUCUGACAUUGAUCAGCAUGUAACUGAACAGAAACUUGCUGAAGUUUUUUCAACCUGUGGACAGGUGGUAGAUUGCCGUAUCUGUGGUGAUCCUAACUCAGUGCUCCGUUUUGCUUUUAUCGAGUUUGCUGAUGAUGUUGGUGCACAAGCUGCACUAGCACUUGGUGGAACCGUGCUUGGCUUUUAUCCUGUCAAGGUUCUGCCAUCAAAGACCGCAAUUUUGCCUGUGAAUCCUAAAUUUCUUCCUCGAACUGAGGAUGAAAAAGAAAUGGUAUCCAGGACUGUGUAUUGUACUAACAUUGACAAGAAGAUUGGAGAAGAUGAAGUGAAGCAAUUCUUCGAGGGAACAUGUGGUGAAGUUUCUCGUCUGAGGCUACUUGGUGAUUAUGUGCACUCCACAUGCAUUGCCUUUGUUGAGUUUGUCCAAGCAGAUAGUGCUAUUCUUGCUCUGAACUGCAGUGGCAUUGUUCUUGGAACGCUUCCUGUUAGGGUGAGCCCAUCAAAGACACCAGUCCGCCCUCGAUCGCCCCGUGUGACGUCAUACUGAGUUCGGCUCAUCUGAAGCCGUCGUCCAGGGCAGCAAAUUUCUGGGCAGCAAAGCCUUAGUCGUGUGGCCUUAGAGACUGUCGUUUCGCGGAUCAGUAAUUGUUGUUGAGCAGAGUUCUCGUUGGUUAAAAUCUAGUCUAGUAGAAGGCCCCUCAGCUGAUGUUUCUCGGAUCAGAGACCCACCAUCUGUAUGGUCGCUGAUGGGAGAUCUAUUUUGACCUCCUUUUUUUUUGGUCUUUGUUAUCAUGGUUGGAUUCUAUGACAGCCUUGACAGUCAUUCGAACAAUAAUGUCUAUGGCUUCUCUUAUCCGCUUUCGUCUUUAA